AUGUCCAGCACGAAACCAUUGCCCAUACAACCCUAUCCAGCGGCUAUCGCUCCACAGCUUAGUGCUGCGCACAACGGUACCGGCGCGACAGUUGGCGCGAGGAAAAACGGCGGCGCGAGCAGCAGCGGCUUGACCAUACGGACCUCUCGACAUUGGGUGCUGCCACCGAGACCCAAGCCUGGCAGGAAGCCGAACCAUUACGACUCGAAGCGGUCGAAGCAGGCUGCGGCGGCGCCGCCGCAGCCUGCACCUGUUGUCAAGAAGAGUGUGAGCCAGCCGGUCUGUGUGAAGAAGGAGCUCGCCAGCGUACCGAUCAAGAAGAGCGCAACAGCGCCCGCGUGUCUGACGAAAAAACAGGUUCAGCCUUCGCCGGCUAAGAAACAGACCAAGACGGCGCUCAAGAAGGAGAUCCAGCACAUCAAGGUGGAAAAUUCGAAGCUGAAGCAGGAGUUGAGCCAGCUGGUGAGCGAUCUACAGGCGUUGAAACAGAGAUAUAAUUCACCUGAGGCUGCUUCAACUAAGAAGAGGCAGUUCUUGGACGAUUCGACUUCUGCUUUUUUGAAGUUUGAAGAGGACGAGCGCAACGAGGAUUUGACCCAGUUGCCACCGCUGUUGGUCUCGACAGCAAAGAUGAAGUUCACCUCCUCGGUGUCCUCGUGCAAGACUAUCCCGACCGACGACGAGGACAUGCUCACGGUGUCGUCGUCGACUCCAAACUCACUGAUAUCCGCGGAUUUGCAGCACUCGUCUUCGUCGGUGUCGUCAGCGUCGUCGCUGAAUUUGAAUCCCGGGCAGGCACACGGUCUUUCCCCAACGAUACAUGCCAAGCCGCAGCUCAAGUUUCUCGACGACCACGAGCAAAUGCAGUUCUAUGACAAGUACAUGCGCAUGGAUUUUAGCCUGGCUCCGCACCAACACAUCGACGAAAACCACCUGGCGGCGCUGGACUCUAUCAAGGAGGAAGAGACAGAGUUCAAGUUUGGCGGCGCUAAUGACGACGAUAUUUUGAGCUUCCUGGAGAAUAAGCACGAAUUAGCUGUUCAGCAGGAUUCGAAGGAUGACCAAUGUUUCUUUGCUGUUAAGCAGGAGACGCGCGAAGACGACGCUGACUUCCUGCUGCAGCAACCUGUUGCAAACGAUACAAUUUCAACGACUAUCUCGAAUUCAACAACGUCGAAUUUUUACAUGCCACCCUCUUUGGAAGAGCUCAUGGAGGAGCAGGAUGGUGGUUCCAAAAAUUUCCCUUUGAACUUAACAACUAAUGAUUUCAACUAUUAUGAAGACAAUCUGGACAUGUUGAAAAUGGAAGCCUUUGACAUGAUAUGA